CCAAUCAGUGCUCAAUGCUAUCACGUUUACAGAUAAUGUUAUUUGUGUGCACAUCGUCAUAUUCUUAUGUGUAAGAGUGAAAGCUGUAAGCUGCAGAAAUAGUCCGAUCGCACCGCUUUGAAAUUGAAAUGAACUUUUCAAGCGGAAGCAUCGAAUUCACCGUCAAUGGCAGACUACAUACAGGACCAUAUUUUGAAUACUCCCGUUCUUUUUGUAAAGAGGGAAGCGAAUCGAAAACUGCUAGUCGAUCGCAAUUUAAAUGCCGAUACAAAAUUAGUUGAUUUUUUGCGACAAACGGCUCUACUGACUGGAACCAAAUGGAUGUGCAGAGAAGGGGGUUGUGGAUUGUGUGUUGUUGGUUUUUCAACCAUCAAUAUCAUAACGAAUAAAAAAGAGAGCCGUGCUGUCCAUUCGUGCUUGCUGCCUUUGCUCUCUUGCCAUGGCAGUGAAAUUACCACAGUUGAAGGAAUUGGAAGCAAAAAAGAUGGCUAUCAUCCAGUUCAGUCUCAAUUGGCGGAUUUGAAUGGAAGUCAGUGCGGCUAUUGCUCUCCUGGAAUGGUCAUGUCCAUGUACAGUUUGCUGCAAAAAAAUAGCGGAGCUGGAGUGACUAUGAAGGAAAUCGAAUCUUCUUUGGGCGGAAAUAUCUGCCGUUGCACCGGUUAUCGUCCCAUUAUGGACGCGUUCAAGACAUUUGCCAAAGAUGCGCCUCAAGAACUCAAAUCCCGGUGUGUUGAUUUAGAGGAUUUGGGGAAUGCAAUCUGUCCAAAAACGGGUUCCGCUUGCCAAGGACUUUGUGAAAGCAACGGACUUGCCAAAGUUAUUGACGGAGAAAUAUUCAAAAUGGGAAAUUGGUACCGACCAGAAUCGCUGGAACAGCUGAUGGAGCUUCUAAGUUCUUUUGGCGGGGAAGUGAAAUAUCGUCUUGUUGCGGGAAACACUGGAAUUGGUGUGUACAAAGAGGACGGACCGUAUGACGUUUACGUGGACAUAAACCAAAUUGGAGAUUUAUAUCAGAUUUCAAAAGAAUCUCCGCUAAUAAUUGGUGGUGGAAUCAACUUAACUGUUAUGCAAGAGACUUUAUCCUUUAUCGGAUCCACGAAUCCUGACUAUUGGUACGCAGAGACUCUUGCCGAACAUAUAGAGAAAAUUGGCAGCGUUCCAGUUCGUAAUGCAGGAAGUAUUGCGGGGAAUUUGAUGAUGAAACACGGACAUCGUGAAUUUCCCUCCGACUUAUUCAUCGUUCUUGAAACUGUAGGGGCGAAAAUCACCAUCAUAAGCUGCAAAAGAGAAAUUCAGCAACUAACAUUGGAACAAUUCCUUGAGACGGACAUGAACGGCCAAAUCAUUUUAAAUGUGACACUUCCUCCAUUAUCAACGGAUCACUUUAUCAAAACUUUCAAAAUUAUGCCUCGUUCAUGUAAUGCGCAUGCCUAUAUUAACGCUGGAUUUUGUGCGAAAAUUUCCCGCCAAGAGAAUAUUUGUAUCGUAGGGAAACCUACAAUUAUCUUUGGAGGAAUUCGUACUUCACUGGUACAUGCAAUCGAGACGGAGAAUUUCUUGGCCGAUAAAUUCUUAGAUGACGAAAUGACGUUUCAAAAUGCGCUGAAGGUGUUGGAUCAAGAACUUUGUCCUGAAGAGCAUUUGUUGAAUCCGGACAGUGACUAUCUGAAGGCCGUAGCACAAGGACUUUUUUACAAGUUUGUGUUAACGAUCAUUGGAGAUAAAGCAGCACCUGAAUUUCGGUCUGGAUCUCUGAAUUUGGAACGUAAAAUUAUGAGCGGCAAGCAGGACUAUGACAUUGAUCCAAAGGAAUGGCCUGUUAAUCAACCAACCAUCAAAGUUGAAGCAAGGGCUCAAUGCUCAGGUGAAGCCAAAUACAUUGAUGACAUUCCGGUCCGUGUGGAUGAACUUUAUGGGGCGUUCGUUUUGAGCACUGCAGCAAAUUGUUUACUGGAUAAAGUGGAUGCAUCUUUAGCACUAAAAUCAGAUGGGGUAAUCGCUUUUUUUGAUGCCUCAAAUAUUAACACCGGAAAUGUGUUUUUCUUUGCUAAUAAUGGCCUCAACUGCGACAAUAACGAAGAGGUUUUUUGCUCCGGUAAAGUGUUGUACGCUGGUCAGUCUCUUGGAUUAGUAGUCGCCCGUACUCAAAAGCAAGCAAUCGAAGCCGCCAAAUUGGUUCGGGUGACUUAUAAGAACCACCAAAAGCCAGUAUUGACAAUCAAAGAUGCUCUGAAAGAUUCCACGAGAAUUCAGAAACAUUCCAUCUCUGGAUCACGGCAGGUGGUGAACGUCGGUGACGUUGAAGACGGAUUGUCUCAGUCUGACACUGUAGUCGAGGGUGAAUUUGAAAUUGGCAGUCAAUAUCACUUUUACAUGGAAACCCUGGUUGCGGCGUGUGUUCCAGUCGAAGACGGAAUGGACGUUUAUUGUGCCACUCAAGAUCAGGAAGCCGUGCAAAGUGCAGUUGCGAAUUGCCUAAAUCUGCGAAAUUCCCAAGUUAAUGUGCAAACUCGUAGACUUGGUGGUGGUUUUGGUGGGAAAAUAUCCCGCUCUACACUUGUGGCUGUUGCUUGCGCAAUUGCGGCGUCGGAGUUAUCUAGACCGGUUCGAAUAACUUUGGAUUUGGAUACCAAUAUGGCGUUAACAGGAGGUCGUCUUCCGUAUUAUUGCCACUAUAAGGCCGGAGUCAACAAGAAUGGACUUCUGCAGGCGGUUGAUUUGAAAAUAAUAAGUGACUGCGGCUGCAGUUUCAAUGAAGGAACUGCGUACAUAGCUGCUUCGUUCGCAAAAAACCGUUACGCAUCAAAAUGUUGGAAGAUCACACCCCUCUUAGCCAAAACGGAUACGGCUUCCAAUACUCAUUGCCGUGCACCAGGUCCCAUCCAAGGUAUUGCCAUAAUAGAAAAUUUAAUGGAGCAUCUGGCGCAUGUCCGGAAGGAAGACCCUCUCGAUUUCCGAUUGAAGAAUUUAAAUAGAUCCGAUGAAAAUGAAUUCAGCGCACUUCAACACAUUAUUAGUGAAGUGCGUUGCUCAUCGAAUUACGAUGAAAGAUAUCGUCAGGUGAACGAAUUUAACUGCAAUAACAGAUGGAAGAAACGGGGAAUAAAUCUGCUUCCCAUGGUCUAUCCAAUGUAUUAUUCUUCAUAUCGUUACAACGUCUUGGUCGCAGUUAACCGCAACGAUGGGUCCGUUAGUGUUUCUCACGGCGGAAUCGAGUGUGGCCAGGGCAUCAACACUAAAGUAUCACAAGUGGUAGCUAAAGAACUCGGUAUUGACAUUUCUUUGGUUUCCAUCAAACCAACCAACACUUUGACCAAUACGAAUGGAUCCGUCACAGGAGGAAGCAAAACUAGUGAACUGAAUUGCUACGCUGCUAUGCGAGCAUGUCAAAAAUUAAAGAAAAAAAUGCUUCCAAUCAGAGAGAACAUUCAAGACGAUAACUGGAACGUGUUGGUCGAGAAAUGUUACAACUCUAAUGUGGACUUGACUGCUCGCCAUUUUUAUUCGCCUAAAGACGACCUUACAGGGUACGUCAUUCGUGGAGCCACCGUUUCAGAAGUUGAAAUUGACGUCCUAACGGGAGAGAAAUUGAUUCGCCGUGUAGACAUUCUAGAAGAUGCUGGUCUCAGUAUAAAUCCCUUGUUGGAUAUUGGGCAAGUCGAAGGUGGUUUUAUAAUGGGCCUAGGAUUAUGGACGAGCGAGAAAAUGAUCUAUGAUCCAACCACAGGGAAGAAAUUAAGUAGAGGAACUUGGAACUAUUAUCCUCCUUUGAAUAAUGACAUACCAAUGGAUUUUCGCAUCACGAUGUUGAAAAAUGCCGCCCAUCCUUUUGGUGUAUUACGAUCUAAAGCCACAGGAGAGCCACCACUUUGCAUGUCCGUGUCAGUUUUCUUCGCCUUGCGCAAUGCAGUGAAUGCGGCACGAAUCGAUUGUAGUGAUUCAGACUGGUUUCGAAUGGAUGGACCGGCAACCAUUGAUACGCUCCACAAACUUAUGAAAAUCGACCCUUCAAAGUUUUUAUUCUGAUUCGGUACGCCAUGGGCAUGGAGAGACCUCUCAAUACCCUGGGUACGCUAAAACCAGAGCUGCUAAAACUGUGGAACCUAUGACUCUGAUUCAACUUUAUUUCCGGAUGAGGCUGGAUCGGCUGGAUCAUUGCGAAAU